AUGGCUGUUCCUGCUGCUGCUGCAAUAGAACGAGCUUUUGGUGUGACCAACAUCAAAUCUCACAUUCCUCUCAUUCUUGAUUUAGAUGAUCAUAAUUAUGAUGCUUGGAGGGAACUUUUUCUCACUCAUUGUUUGACCUUCGAUGUUCUCGGUCACCUCGACGGUACAUUAGUUCCAAACGGCGUCAAUGAUCUGCCAUGGCUGAAAUGUGAUGGAUUGGUCAAACUUUGGAUUUACGGAACCAUUGCUCAACCACUUUUCCGCUCCUCGUUUGCGCCAGGAGGAACUGCUAGAGACGUAUGGAUCAGAAUCGAAAAUCAAUUUCGAAACAACAAAGAGGCUAGAGCUAUUCAGCUUGAUAAUGAGCUCCGUACAACUGAAAUUGGCGACCAAACAAUUCAACAAUACUGUCAAAAGCUGAAGUCAUUAUCAGACCGCGUCGCCAAUGUGGAUGCUCCUGUCACUGACCGAAUGCUUGUCACAUACCUCCUCAAUGGCCUGAACGAAAAAUAA